AUGCUAGGUGGAUGGCUUACAUUAAUCUUUUGUAUAUCUGGUGUUAUUACCAAUAUUUUUACCGUUGUUGUUUUACUUCAUCCGCGUAUGAGAAACAGCUCAACACAUGUGUAUUUAAUGGCUUUAUCUGCAUGCAAUAUUUUCCUUUUAGUCGGUCUUACGAUUAAUUAUUCAAUUAAAUCAAUUGCUUCAUAUCCAGAAUUAUUAUCGUAUUUACGUCAACCAGAUACUGUCAAUCGAAAUGCUUUAUUAGCGAAUACUUACGAACAAUUCUAUGCUCGUGCUGCGCCAUUCACAACACCAUUACUUUCCAUGCUUUUACUAUGUAGUACUUAUUUAACAGUCCUUGUUAGUGGUGAUAGAUAUUUUCUUAUAUGUUGGCCAUUAUUAGCAGAAAAAAUUCGUACACGUAAAAUGGCAGUACGUUUAGUUUUACUUGUUUUUAUAGUCGUCAAUAUUUAUAUACUUCCACAUUGGUUUGAAUAUCGUACAGGAUCACGACCAAAUAAAAAAUUUUCACCAUUCACAAAUUUUACAUUUAAUGAUACUGAUGAAAUUGAUAAACUUGUUGAAUUACAAUAUACACGUCUUGGUUCAAAUAAAAUAUAUUUAUCAAUAUAUCGUUUUUAUUUAAAUGUUCCAAUAACAUUCGUUAUACCAUUUACACUAUUAGCAUUAUGUAAUGGUAGUAUGAUUCAUCAAUUAUUAUUAAUAAAAAAGAAAAAAAAACGUUUAGGUCAUCGUAUGAAAGCAGAUAUACGUAUAACAAUCAUGUUAAUUGUUAUCGUUUUAACAUUUAUGUUAUGUCGUUCAAUUAAUUUAUUUGUUAAUUUACUUGUUCAAUUAUCACCAUGUUUAAAUAAAAAUUCUCUACAACGUUUUAAUACAUUUGCAAAUGUAUUAAUUGCAUUUAAUGGUUUUGUUAAUUUUUUUCUAUUUGCUGCAUUUGGUCAACGUUUUCGUGAAAUGGUUUUAUAUAUAUUUUUUCGACAUGGACAAUAUCCAUUUAUGGCUCCUCAUGAUGGAGCAAGUAUACAUCGUUAUGGUGUUGGUGGUAUUAUACCAUCUGCUGAUAUUUUACGACGACAAUCAAGAAGAUUUUCUGCAACAACUGAAAAUGAUGCUUGGUUAGCUAUAGCACGACGACGUUCGUCAGCAUCUAUGGCUGUUUUAUAUAAUCCAACAGAACAACGACCGAGAACAUCAUCAAAUUCAUCACAUUUACACCUCCCAUUACCAUUUUAUAAACGUACAUCAAAUUCAUCGAUUGAUAUAACCCAAUCACCUUUUUUCAGUUCAUCAGAUAAUAACAAUACAUUAAAGGUAUGCAAUAAUAAUAAUAAUAAUAACAAUCAUCAGGAAAAAAGUUCUCAUUCUGAUUCUAACAAAACAAAAAUAAACGGUGAUCACACGUCUACCUCAACAACCCAUCAUGUAACAUUUGUUUAA